AUGCUUGUCGGCGAAUGGAUACCGCAGACACUCCUGGCAAUUGUCCUCCGAAAUGCGGUUCAAGUGCAGCAGGCGGCCGAGAUCCCACCGACGAGAGUCUUACAACCUCCGCGGGUCAAGGCCUCCGACCAGGCUCCUGACUCAUCGGCGGAUGCUCCAAGCGUGGGUAACGUGGAUUUGAGCGAGGUGCAAUGGCCUGAGGGCAUCAAAGAAAUUGACCUGCUGCUGCUCGACGAGGUGAUUGAAGGGAUGUUGUGGUGGGUCUGGAGUGCUUUUCAUUCUGCGCGCUCGGACUUCCCUACGUCCUUUUACUACUUCCCAUCGAAGACGUUGUGUGGCCACAAGGACUUGAGAGACUGUCUCUAUCUCCCUGGCUGCGAUCAGCCUAUCGACAACCUGUGGUGGGCGCCGGCGCUGAAAUCCUUGGAAUCUUCAACACCUUCGGAGGUUCGCCUGAUGGAAACCCCGAACACGAAUUUGCACGAGCCCCGCCUUGUGGGUGUCUUCGACUCCCCCUUCACUACUCUGCCAGCGAGCCUUGCGACUCUUUGGCUUGGCGACAGCUUCUGUCAGUCGCUUGAAGACGUUACUUGGCCGAGCGGGCUUGUCACUUUGGGGCUCGGUUCUACUCUUUCAGAGUUCGACAGCGUUUCGUGGUCCUCGAAUCUUCGAAACUUAUACUUGGUGGACGAGAUAGAAUGGGCAGAGUACCCUCCUGGCUGCAGGGUGAACGUCGUGAUGGAUUUCGACAUUGAGAGCGCUAUCCAUGUCGCGGCGGUUGAUUAUUACCAUGAUCUGGAGCAUUUGGACGAGUGUUGCAUCCAUACGGGCUCUUGGGAUAACGGGAAUGAGGACUACCUCGAGGUCCACGAGCAGCAAGAGGGCUACCAAAUAUUGUAAACACGAUGUAGCGUGCCUUGUCUACAGGCUUGAAUGUGGAAAAGGCGGUGGAGGGACCGUUAUGUCAGCAACUAGCAAUGAUUAUUCACGCGAAACGUGUUGUUGGUAGGAAGGCCCUUGAGUGCGCGGAGGUUCUUCAUUGGUAGGGCUAUGGGCUUGAUUUCGAUGCUGGAGCCUUCUGUCCUCUUGUUGAAUGGCGAUAGAAGGGCACCACGAUGCUGUAGUGUCGGGGGUGUACACUUUUAGGCAUAGAAGAGCUUGGCAUUCGCACGAUCACUUAUUAUGAAGAGUUGAGGGCGGGUAUUGCAACGUUGAUUAUUGGUGCCUGAUCUGCAAGUAGGGCAAAAUCUUUCACGUUCCCUACGGAUCUAUCUCCGGAUUGACGAGCCUGCUCCCCCAGGGUCCCAACUAGGCGGGAGACUGUGCUCUGCAGGAACAAUGAACAAGGCGGGUGUAGAGCUAGCAUCUGUGGUAAAAUUGAGGCCAGGGCAGCUUCUAGGACCAUGACAGCAUGGAUCGGACGGAAUCCCCAAAACCU